AUGGCCAACAACAACCACAACCCCUCCAAAACACCCCCGCUUUUGCUCAUCCUUCCCUUGUUGGCCCUGGGCAUCUGCGGCACAAUGGUCAAUGGCUUCCAAACGGGAUAUUUCUCCAUUCUGACCGCUACCUCUGGCAACUUGGACGGUGUACCUUACGUGCCUGGUGGACCGGAAUCCUUUGACCCGCGUUAUACUGGCAACAAAGCGCUAGACACACGCAUGGGUAUCCUUAUCGGCUUCUUCGGCGGAUUGGUCAACGGAGAAAGAAACUGGGAUGUUGACCUCGCUUAUGUCUGGACAAUGGGGAUGUUUUUCUCUGGAUGGGCGCUGGUGAGUGUUGAGGCGCAUCGGAGGGCGAAUAGAGGGAGGGUUGUAAGCUGGACAAACACCUUUGGGAAUAUCAUCCAGAGUUUCACCUAUGCUUUGACUGUUCCGUCAUAUCUGAUUUUGCAUUUAUUCACCACGUCCCCAGCGACGGAUGAUAUUUCUGUUCCAGAAGGGGAAGUUCGACACUUGCCGUUGAGUAUGACAUUGGCAUAUAUUGUCCCAGCCGUGAUCAUGUCAUUGCCUACGCCAUCGAUCAUCCCAGGAAAAUCACACUACGACACCACGGCUCUGUGGCAGGUUUUCCCUGUUUUGCAAUUUCUUAUUCACCGCGGCAUGAACUUUGUUUGCUUCCCUCGCAAGUACAACACGACAACGACACAGUAUGGGGUAGGGAAGUCACUCGCCAACCACUACCGCUUCGUCAUCUUCACUUCGGUUGUGGUCCAUCUCCCUAUCCUUUUGGUGUGUCUGACACCAUCCUCAAUGCCGUUCGGACCGGCUUGGCUGAAGGACAUGAUCACCCAGACGACCUUCAGCAAUGUGUUUGUCCCAUAUGGUGUUUGGAACCCGCCUGCGGUGGAUCUGGCCAAGGUGGCUGCGCUGGGAGGGGAGAAUAAGGCUGAUUUGAGCUGGUUGCCGGGGUUGACGAAGCAUUUUUUGCAUUAUGAUAUUGGGUGUCCUAGUUUGGCGAUGGUGGUUUGGGCUGGGUACAACUACAUGGCUUCUGUGGGUAAGGGUAGUUGUGUUGGGAUCGGGAAAAUGGUGGGAUGGUUGCUGGCUGGGGGACCGGUGGCGUUGGCGACGGUUUUGAUGUGGGAGAGGGAUGAGAGGGUGUCGAGGGGAAGGGAGGGAAAGAAGGCUCAAUAG